AUGUAUUGGAACCUUAUUAUUUUACUGUUAAUGAAUUUUAUUAUACAAUCUUUUGAACAUUUUUUUUUAAUAAUUCCAUACAAAAUAUACAUGAGAAAUAAUCAAAGAACUUAUAGAUUCUUUACAAAAAGACCUUUUAAUAAAAAAAAUGAUUUAUUUAAAAGUAUUUUGCGGGACUAUAAUUAUAUACCAAAAUCGAAUAUUCUUUUUAAAUUGGAUGGUUUGUUUAAUGAAACUAGAUUUAUUGAUACUCAAAAUAUUGGGUAUUAUGAAAGAAUUAACCAAAAAAAUUCAAUUGAAAAAUUAGACUAUAAUAAAAAUAGAUUUUUCAUAAAAUUGGGUCAGAUGAUGGAUAAAAUAAUGUUUGUGUGUAAUAGUGGUUUCUAUCCUACUUAUAAAUCAGCCACAAAAUGUGUUGAAGACUUAAUUAAAUAUUCUAGCUUUACAUCACAAAAAAAGUAUUUGGGAAAUGAUCGCGCUGGAAAAAAUAUUUGGUGUGUAGCAUGGUACAACUGUCAUUUUGAUUGUUUUUCAAAAAGAAAUUACGAAGACAUGAAGCAAAAACUUUUUAAAGAAUUAAAUAUGUAUAGGGCACUAUUAAGAGUUAAACCAGUUAAAUAUAAUGAAAUAAUUGAUAGCCAAGCACAGAGAGAAUCUGAAAUUCAUCUGAAACCAAGGGAAUUUUCAGAAAUAUAUUAUAAGAAUGUAAAUUAUAAAGAAAUUUCUGGCAUUAAUAGUCCACCACUUGGUAACAUACAAAUGAAUAGAUGGUAUAAUGAUUAUAAAAGAGUCAAAUUUAAUCACCGUUUACAGAAACCUAUAACAAGAUUUUUAGAAGAACUUUUUUCCUCAAAAACACAUGAAGUUGGUUUUGGAAUUGCUAAAAGUGGAAGUAAAUUAGUCAUUAUUUGUAGAUUUAGAUAA